CAGCAUCCGGUUCACUCCAAAACUGGUCAGAGCUCAGCCUCGUGACUCCAGCUCUUAGUCCUCCUCACCGGUGUCCACACCUGCAGCCUCCACCCUAAGACAUGUUCUCAGGGGAGCAGGAGGUGGCUGUGAUGGGGGAACCCCCAGGCUCAGCUCCCGUGAAGAAUGCAGUGGUUGACAUCCAGACGGAGAGCCCCAGACGUGACCACAUCGUCUGGUCCCUGUUCAACACGCUGUUCAUGAACAUCUGCUGCCUGGGCUUCGUGGCAUUCGCCUACUCCGUGAAGUCUAGGGACCGGAAGAUGGUCGGCGACAUCACUGGGGCCCAGAGCUAUGCCUCCGCUGCCAAGAGCCUGAACAUCUGUGCCCUGGUCCUGGGCCUCCUUCUGAUCAUCAUAUUUAUCAUUGUUCUUGCCACUAGAUCAGGGCCGAGUUUCAGGCUACAUUUUUCUACAUUUUAGGAUUUAACACAGCAAAGAGGCUGGCGGUGGCUGCUUAUGGCCAAUACCAAGUCCUGAACGGUCCACAGCAGGCUCCACAGCGCGGUGGCCUUGCCCCCAGACCGCCGCGCCGCCCCCCGCCCCUUCCUGCGCAGUUUACAGAGACCCAGCUGAAGGCCAGUGAAUUCAAUAAAGUGCACUGACACUCCCCAGCCUGCCUCUGCGGCUCAGCACCCUCCCCCACCUCGCUGUGCUGCUCUGGUUUUGCUGGUUUCUGGCUUCCAGAUGGGAGCAACCCUGGAGCAGGGUCCCAGGAUAGGGGUCCCUCCUUUCUCAAGGCCUGACCCUGAUCCAAGGGCACUCUGUGUCUGGAACACCCUUGACCCUCAGGAUCAGACAGUCGGUUGGCAGGGAGCGCUGGGUUAGGGUGACUGCGGCAGCCCAGGCUCUCUAGGGAGGGACUGCUUUUCAUGUCUAGGGGCCCCGUCUCCCUCCCAGCUGCCAGGAAGGUCCAGCCCGCUGCUGCCUUCUCCAGCCACCAGGCCCUGUGCGGGCUCCUCUGGAGGGUGAUGGGGGAGCAGUGGCCUGAGGGCAGCUAGAGUGAGGAGCAGCCACCUCGGCACCGCGCAAUCUGGCCCUGGCUAAACCCUGGAAAGGUCAGCCCCUGACGAGGGAGGCAGCCCCUCCGCAUCCUCUCAGGGCCCUGGAGGUGCGGGCACUGGGCAGCCCAGGGCAGACACGCUUACAACGAGCCGGGCUGUGGUGGUGGAAGCACCACCCCAACUGAUGUCCAUCCCCCCUGUGAUCCCCGAUCAUCACUCUCACUUCACCCUACAUCCCCCACCCCUCAGAAGUGGCUGGGGGUAGAGGUCCCUGGGCAGGUUGUGGGGGCCCCAGGGGGGUGAGCAGAAGGGGGCAGCUCCAGGGAGGGUGUGUGUCCUGGAGGCGGGGCUGGACCACCUGCUUCUCUGGGUCUGGGAAGGACUCUGGAGGCAGGAAGCAGCUGGAGGCCAGUCUGGACCGCCAUCAUGGAGGGGGACUC